AUGAAAAUGCUGGAUGAUGAAUUGGAUGAUGGUGAGCUGGAUGAUAAUGAGUUUAAUGAUGAUGAGCCCGAUGGUGAGUUGGACGAUGAUAAUUUGAAAGAUGAAAUUAAUGAUGAACUGGAAGACUUCGAGCUAGAUUAUUACGAUAAAUAUUAUUGA